AUGGCUGACAGAAACUUGAAAAGCACCUUUUGGUCUGAGGAUUAUAUAACAGGCAUAACAUUUGUGCUUCACAGUAUCUCCAAUGAAUCUCUGAGGUUAAAAACAACUUUGAAACUAAUUUCAGACUUUGAUGAGAAGGUCACUGCUCCUGCUAUUCGGUCUCUCGCAGAUAUUGCUAAGGCGAAUGAAGUUCGUGACAGCAAUGAAUCUUUAUGGGAUAAACAUCAACGUCAACAUAUUGAGCUGCUCAACACAAUUGCAGAGAGACUAGGCAUCGCCAGCCAUUCUAAGUUGGAGGAGGCCUGUUUGGCUCCGUUGGAGGCCUUACAAUUCGAAUAUGAAGAAUUUUACCGUGAGAGUGAGUCUAUUUUAAAUAGUAAUUAUGGACAUUAUUCAAAAUGCUUAUCACAAGCCAAAAAGUCACAACUUGACUACUUUUCCAGGAACGACAGCCUCAAACAACUCUAUCUCGUUCCGAUGGAAAACAAUUCUGACCAUGAUUCAGACGAAAACGAAAUCGAGAUUGAAAGAUUGGUGUGUACGGAUUCGGGCCUCAAAUUCCACUACACCUUGGACAAGCGAUUAAUGUUCAAGUCGGAAGAUGAGCUAGAGGAAUUUGUAAACACUAUUAAGGAUACUACUGUUACUUCCAGGAGGUUGAUACCUCUUCCAGGAGUGAACAAUGAUUACUUUUCGUGCGAUGCUCUGUUCGAGGCGAUUAAGCGGGUUGCUUCAAGACUGGAUACCUCUGUGUUCAACAAGGAACGAAUUGGUCAGUCUUUGAUAGACUCGAAAAUCAUCAGCCCCUACAAUGAUGUGCUAGGUGCAAAACCAGUUUUCACAAGCCAAGGUUACUACGUUUGGGCUUAUGAACGCAACAGAAAAGAAGCUCAUUCAAAUGAGACGCAGCCAGCCAAAGCAGACGGCUUUUCAGGGUUUUUGAGGAAAAUAAGUGGAGUUGAAAAUUCAGAAACCAAGAUUACAACACCUGUACAACUUUUAGAGGAACAGAAGUCUUUAAAACGUUUGAGGGAUGUUUAUUUUGACCAAUGCCAAGCGCUAGACUAUGCGCGUCUCCAACUUGAAGUAGAACUGCAGAAGUGCAUGGCUCAAUAUGAAAGCAUGCUUAAUCGGGGGUUUCAAGUUGUCCAUCAUGUUUCUACCCAAUUUCGGCUUUUAUGCAGCAACUCUAUGUCCAUUUCUACCGUUAUUGAACCUAUAGACGUGAAGAAGGAAGUAGAAAAAGUCUACGAAGCAAACCACGGUACAGUUGGCUACUACGUUCCGCAACCUGGAGUAACCUUUGUGGAGUACGAUUCCAGAGGUAUUUUGAUUGCAGAAUCCAUGUUUCAUGCGGAUCUCGUCGGCGCACCUGCCGCAGAAAGGGGAGCGGCGCAGGUCUUGGACGUGCUCUUGAAAUACCUCCGUGAGCUAGACAGCAAAUUAGUACUCCAGGCGUGGGGUACGCCAUUAGACUUUGUUCGUGUUUCAAAUUUCCGGCGGGAGUGCAUUGCAGAAUUCUCGAACAACCGGGGUGACCAUAAAUAUAGCAUGCUCAAUGCCUUGACGCGACAAAAUCGCCCUGUAGCGGAUGUGGUGGGACUUUUAAGGAUGUGGCUGUUAGAGCUCCCCGAUGCCGUCAUUCCAAUGGCUUGUUACGAGCCCCUGUGCGUGCAGGAUACCGCGUCAGCGCUUGGCAAAGCGCCCAAAGAGCACUUAGCAAACCUCGCCGCCCUCUGCGACCACUUCCAAUGGCUCACACGUGAGUGCGGCACCGAGAGCCUCGCAAACCUCUUUUUUGCACCUGCCGAUAUCCCGCUAUAUCAUCUCUUUGCGCGAAAUCGGCUGCGCCAGCCGCUCGACGCAGUGAUCAUGUCGCCCGUCGUUUACAAGAUUCUGUGCCAUGAGCGGUCGCCAAAGAUGCUUGAGACGUUGAUAGGAGCCGCGCAUGCCGGCAAAGAAGCUCUUGGCCCUCCCGUGGUGAUCGCGCGCGAUCCGCUCUUGACCCCAGUGCGCAGCGCACGCCACUUGCAGCCCAACUCCACUUUCGUCCCACGUCCGCUCAAGACAGUCAGUGCUGAGGCCUCACCGCACCGCUCACCCAGCCGCUCACGCAAACGUAUAAGCGGCAUAAACCUGGGUGUCCAGUCCCUGGCGUCCUCUCCUGGCCCGGAGGAGAACUCGUCAGAGUUGGCGUCGCCUGAGCCCACUCCGUCAAAAAUGACAUCAACAACCUUAAACGCGCCAUCACACCAUACGUCAUAA